AUGACGUCGGUCCGGUCGAGCAAUAACCUAUCUAACUCGGACGUUGCCACGCUUACAAGUUUUGGUUAUAGACCUGGUGAAGAGGAUAAUGAAAAUGUAAUAUCAAAAAUAUUUCAACGCGUAAAAAGUUCUUUCGCUCCGUCUCCUGGCACUCCGAAUGUAAACAAUUCUACAGAUCCUCUCGAAAGUUCUUCAACAAACUCUUCUCAAGACCCUGAUUUUGAACCUUCGAGAAGUACUUCAUCGCUCUUAUUACCAGAUAAAGAUAAUAAGGGUUUUAAACAUGGUGUAACCCCAGCUCCCCCCGUCGUUUCAAUAGAACCUUUCCUUGGAAGUGCCCCACCAAAGCAUAUGGUUGAGUCUUCGGACAGUGUUCAAGACCAUGUUAAUGGUACAGUAAAUGGGAUCAAUACUAGUUCAAAUUUAGUUAAUGGUACUAGUAACCAGCAAAACUAUCAGGAGGGACUCGAUGCGGCGUCUCAAGACUCGCAUCCUAUUCAUAAAGAUGUUUCGGAUACUCGAUCUAUUCAAUCUGUUCAGACUACUGCAUCUACUUCUACUUCUAAUAAUUCUGGCUAUUCAUUUAGUAAAGUUAUCAGAAGGUUACGUGGUGAAGGCGUAAAUAGAGGCUACUGGAUGGCCGAUGAUACUUGUAAAGAAUGUUAUGACUGUCAGAUAUUCUGUUCUAAAUGUGCUUCUAAUAUAAUACCUGGUGAAAAGUUUAAUUAUGAUGGUGCUAUGCGUGUUUGUAAUUAUUGUCGUCAACUUAUUAAAGAUUAUGGUGAGGAUUCUGAUUCAGAACCAGAAUAUUGGACUCCUGAAAAAAACGAUUUUACAAAUAAUGCUAUUCCAAGAUUACAUUUUACUCAGCCUACGUCAACUGACAAUCACAGCAUUCCAUCAAAUACAACGUCUGAGUUAAUAUGUUCUAACCUUAAUCCUCAUCUUUCACCACGACCUCCUUCCCCUGACACUCUUUCAUUGAAUGAUGGUCUAAAAAAAAUUAUUUCUGUUGGGUCAUCUUUAUUUAUGGCAAGGUCAAGAUCUAACACUAUAACAGAGGAUCCUCACAUUGUAGGAUUACCAUCUGCCCCUGCACCUUUUCGACGUAGUCUUGCUGAAGAUGAUAAAAAUACUCCUGCCGCAAACCCGGAAGCCGUUCUUGACCCAGAGAUUGCUCCUUUUAUGAGUGAUGAAGAAGGAGAAGAUGAUGUUCAUUAUGAUUCUUUAACGAAUCCGUCAAAUGUUUUAAGUUUUGUUGUUACUAGUAUUUUACACGUGGGUGGAAGUAGUGAAUCUGCUACUCCGACCCCUGCCGUUUCUGAAUAUGCCGAUAGUGAUGAUGAGGCUAGUGAAUAUGGUUCAAGAUCUUCUCUACCGUCGAUGCCAAAAGGUCAACGUGCUGAGGAUAUAAGAAGUCAUUUUGCUAGAGAUAAAAGUACUUCGAGACGACGGAGUAUUAAUAGUAAUCGUCCAUCCAGAAUGGGUAAAAAAAGGAGUGGUUUACUCAGACAAAUUAAUCCAAAUAGUGUACCUAUGGAAAUGUCUUGUUCAAUAGAAUCUAGACCUUCAUCUCCAUUUAGUAUGCGACAUUCUCGGACUACUUCUAUGCAUACCAAAACAGAAAUAAGCCCAGUUUCCCUACAACAUAUGAGGCAAUUAUUACGUCAAUUCCUACGAGAAUCUGAAAUUAAUUUAUCCGAAGGUUGGGAGAAUGUAAUAAUGACUUUGAUGACAAAAGUUUCUGAUAAUUUAAAUCCCAAUGUUCGUGGUGGUGAUGAGAUUGAUAUACGACAUUACGUAAAAAUUAAAAGAAUUCCAGGUGGUACUCCUCAAGAUUCCGAAUAUGUUCACGGUGUUGUAUGUGCAAAAAAUUUGGCUCAUAAACAAAUGCCAAGGGCUCUUCAUAAACCUCGAGUUCUUAUAUUAACUUUUGCUUUGGAAUAUCAUCGUGUGGAGAAUCAACUAAUGUCAUUGGAACCAGUUAUUGCCCAAGAAGAAGAACAUUUACGUCUGUUGGUCAAUCGAAUUGCUGCAUUACGUCCUCAUUUAGUUCUAGUCGAAAAAACAGUUGCUCGUAAGGCUUUGCAAAUGUUAUUAGAAAAAAAUAUCGCUGUUGCUUUGAAUGUUAAACCAUCAGUUAUUGAAGCUGUUGCUCGUUGUGCACGAGCUGAUAUCAUUCAAUCUAUCGAUAAACUUGCUAUAGAACCAAAAUUGGGCAAUUGUGGAACGUUUUUGGUUAAAACAUUUGACCAUCAACUUAUUCCAGGACGGCGAAAGACUUAUUUAUUUUUUGAAAAGUGUCCUAAAGAUUUAGGAUGUACUAUUGUUUUACGAGGAGGAAAUAUGGGAACUCUAGAAAAAGUAAAACGAAUUGCCGAUCUCAUGGUUUUCGUGGUAUAUAAUUUAAAAUUAGAGACUGCUCUAAUAACGGAUCAAUGCGCAAAAACACCUGGUUUUAUUGAAGAUCUUCAAAUUAGCAAUAAAGAUUACUUUUCUGCUAAAUGUGAUGAGUCGGACCCAUUAGGACCAUAUGAAUCAACUAUACUUUCAGUGUCCCCAUUUAUUAAAUUCCCACCACCUUACUUAUUGACAAGAAUGAAGCAAGCUGAAAAAAGGCUUGCAGAUUUGGUACAGAAACGUAAUUGGACUUUAAAUAAAGAUGGUGAUAAACAACCACCAGCUCCUGUUGGGCUUUCAGGCAUUUUACGUACUCCUGAGCAAGUUAUAGCUGAAGCAGAAUUUGCUGAUGCCGUCCAUGAUCAUAUGUUUCAAGUGCGCGCUUGGGAAAGUUAUGUGUAUAAUAAUAUUGUUAGCCCAUAUGCACAUCAAAAUAUAUCGGUGUUGUCUUCCAAAGUUUGCACUGUUAAUGGAACUCCAUGCAAUGAGCCCGAGAUUUUGGUUAUGGAAUAUUAUCGUGAAUCCGAUCGUACACUUGGACAAUAUCUAGAAGAUAUGUGUUCAAGAUCUGCUUAUUUAUGCAGUACGUGUGAUCGUCCGCUAUUCAUGCAUUAUCACUGUUUUUGUCACGGAAAUUCACGAAUUACCGUGUAUAUCGAUGAAAAUCAAGAAUUCCCUCACCUAAAUGUGGAUCAAAUAUUCAUGUCUACUCGUUGCAAAAAAUGUGAUGCUGUGACUCAACCUACAUUAAUGAGUGAAGAUACAUGGAAGUAUUCAUUUGGAAAAUAUUUAGAACUUUCUUUUUAUCAAACAGAAGUAAAUAGCCGUAUAGAAAAAUGUUCGCAUAAUAUUUUUCGUGAUCAUGAUUUAUUCUUCCAUUUUAAUAAGCUUACAGUCAGGUUUCGAUAUGAGUCGAUUGAACUUUUAGAAGUAUUUGCGCCACCUAUGCAUCUUUAUACAAAGCCCGAAGUUCAUAUUCGUCUUAAAAAUCAAGAUUUAGAUAUAAUUCGACAUAAAAUAACGGAUUAUUGGGAUUCAGUAGCUGAUAGAAUAAAAAAUUUCAAUUAUGAGAUUGUUCAACCAGAUAAGGCUGAAAUAUGCAAACAAGAACUUUUAGAAAUGUCACGAAGAGUUGUGAUAGAGAAGAAAUCGUUGCUUCAAAAACUCCAACAAACAUAUGUUAAUAGCCCACCUGAAGAUACCUUAGCGUUAAAUAAUGUAUUGUGUGUUCUCCAGAAUAAAGUCGUGGAAUGGGAUAAAGAUUUUAAUGAUAUCGCUCGACAAUAUUUUCGACUAACUGCAAAACAAAUAAGAAGAUUUUUUGUUGAUAAUCAUGAAGCGAUUACUUUACGUGGUUACUCAAGUACAUUUUUCGAUGACUUGCCAUUGAUAAAUAUGGAUCUUGAUACUAUAUCAGAUUCUAAGACCAAUGAUUAUGUUGGUCCUACAAUUGUUCCAAAAUUAGGAAGUUCUCCUACAGCAGAUCUUAUUUUGAAUGGACUUAAAGAGUUAGAUUUCUUUUGUGAAGGAGAAAUUGAAAGUCUUGAAAAUGACAUACAAAAAGUAGCCUCACAAUUGACCUUGUUUCCAUUCAUGGACCCAAAGGUUUCUAGGCGUUUAUCGAUGAAAUGGAUGCAAGAAUCUAAAUCAUAUCAAAGACAAGUAAUAACUCGUACAGCUUCUGAUUCAAUCUUUCCGGCUAUUCCUGACAAACAAGAAGAUUGCGAUUUUGCUCAAACAACUGAAAUACCUCAUAUAAUACCAUCUACUAUUAAACAGAGGCAUGCUGCAUCAUCACCUUCCUUAUUAGUAUUUUCAGAUUCACACAACUCAAGUGGACGUAGUAAUUCAAUGCCUUCUAAGCAAAAUCGGGCAAUAUCAUUACAAUCUUCUACAAAAUCGUCAUCAACAUCUCGAAUCAGUCGGUUACAGCAAGUAUUGGAAAAAGAAAGCAAUUUACAUGAUUAUCCUUCAACCAAAAAGGUACAAACUCCCCUCAAAAGAAAUCAAACUACAGCCUCUGAAAAAUCAGUAAUUCCUCGUCAAAAUUCAAAAUCUAGCAGAUCAUCAACAUUUAAACACUCUCUGCCAGAUAGUUAUGGACUCUCCGCAAUAAGAUCUCAUGAAAAUAGGAAAAACAAAUUAGCUAGUUUUUAUAAAUCAAAACGUAGGCCGACUAUUCUGCCCUCAAAGCCGAUUAUUGAAGUUUACAAUAAUGCGAAGGAUGCUACUGCAGAAGAAUCAGACUCCUCUGAUGACUCUGAUGAAGGUGUAGAUGAUUGUCCCGAACGAUAUUACGAUGAUGAAACACGAAUUUUCUCGCUGAAUCGUACAGAUGUAUUUGACGAAUUACUGGGAAAUGAAGAGUUUGCUACAUUACCCGGCCGAGAACCAUCGGAUGAAUCAUAUAUAUAUCAUUCUGCAUUGGCAUUUUUAGGAAAUGAUCUCAAUGAACCAACUACACCAGUAGCAGAAUCAUUUUCAGGAUCCAGUAGAUAUUUAUUUCAAAACGAUGCAAACGAUACUUCUAAUGUGCAAAGGGUAGUGAGAUCUAUUGCGAGCUUUUGGACCGAUAAAAAAAAUUUAGAUCCAUUGAUUUAUCCUUUAAAUCCGACGGAACACGUUUUUUCUGACUCUUCAAUUAUUGUUAGAGAAGAUGAACCGGGGUCAAUAAUAGCUUUUGCUUUGAGUUCAAAAGAAUACUUGGAAAAAUUGAAGACAGUGCAAAACAAUCAAACCAAUGAUAUAUUCACAUCAGGAGAUGAUCGAUUUAGUUCUAAGUCUUCUAACUGGAUGCUCGAAGGAGAAGAAAACAAUGAAGUAGAGGAUAAUCUAUUAUCGCAUAUGAAAUAUCAAUUUUCCGGUGGUUCUACACAAUUUGUAUGUAAAAUCUUUUGUGCCGAUCAGUUUGAUACACUUAGGCGUAAAUGUGGUUGCGAGAGCACUUACAUACAGUCACUCGCACGGUGUGUGAAAUGGGAUUCGAGCGGAGGCAAAUCCGGCUCGGCUUUUCUCAAAACUCGAGACGAUCGCCUGGUCAUGAAACAAAUUUCUCGUAACGAAGUGGAUGCGUUCUUAAAAUUCGCUCCAAAAUAUUUUGAAUACAUGGCUAAUGCCUUGAUUCAUCUUCCUACCGUUUUAACCAAGAUUUUUGGUUUUUACCGCAUUGGGUAUAAAAAUGAGCAAACCGGAAAACAUUUAAAUAUAAACGUUAUUGUCAUGGAAAACCUUUUCUAUGAACGUAAAGUAUCAAAAAUUUUUGAUCUAAAAGGCUCCAUGCGAAAUCGCCAUGUACAGAGUACUGGAAAAGAAAAUGAAGUUUUAUUAGAUGAGAACUUAGUAGAACAACAUGCAAAGAAACUUUUACAUGAAUCUUUGUUCAACGAUACAUUAUUCUUAGCGAGACAUAACGUAAUGGACUAUUCUCUUUUGGUUGGAAUCGAUGAAGAAAAGCGUGAAUUAGUUGUUGGAAUACUUGAUUUUAUACGAACAUUUACAUGGGACAAGAAACUUGAAAGUUGGGUUAAAGAAACUGGAUUUUUAGGCGGUGGUGGAAAAGAGCCGACCAUCGUUACUCCUCGUCAGUAUAAAAAUAGGUUUAGAGAAGCCAUGGACAGAUAUUUCCUUAUGGUUCCUGACCGAUGGAUUGCAUAUAAAACCUAUCGUAAGGCUGGGCGUAUUCUUUAA